AUGAGUCUAGAAAUGCAAACAUUAGAUACAAUCCCUAUCUAUGAACAAUCAGACCAUGAUAUUUACCAAGCUUGGGCAUUUAUUGAAGGAUUGUACAAAAAUAUUAGAGUACUAUUAUUUGAUUCAUUAUCUUAUAUUAAUCAGGCAAGAAGAGAUCAAGCAAUUAAAACUAUAUUGUCAUCUUAUAAUCCAUUAGCUGAAAAUAAUGAGGUGUUCAAUCAAGACCUUAAUACUCUUAUUGAAAAGAAGAAUACUACAAACAAAUUUAUCACUGAAGCUCUUAGAAAUAAGAGGCAUGUCUCUUCAAAAAGAGACAAUACCAGAACAGUCAGAAAAACAGGCAAUAAGAUGGCCCUAUAUCACAUGCAGGUGUUGGAUAUUUUACAAUACAAUUACAUACUGUUCUCUGGAAUUAAAGCUCCGAAUGUUUACAUUGUUCAUUAUG